AUGGGUGUACAGUUAACGAUUGUCGUCGCUGUAAUCUCUGUGUUGCUUCAGGUGAUGGGCAUCUACGCCCAACCCUUUCUCAAAUAUGCAAUCAUGGAUCCAAAGAUGCAUGUAUUAUUGAUGCUUGCCCGGUGUCCGUCCCCCAUGCUCUCUGAGCUGAUGAUGCUGGAUAACCCAGUUCCAGCUAUACCCUCUGACAUGGGACUGACCGCCCGUAUCUUAUACCACUUAUUCCACAAGCAAUGCUUCAUCCUCUAUCUGCAAACGCUAGCCAUUCGUCUCACGGUUAAUGGAAUCCUGGCAUUGCAGAAGAGGAGCUGGUCGCCAUUUGUCAAUACAAGCCGAUCAUUAGACAAGAUGACGCGAAUGCAAAUUGCAAAAGCUGUUGUUUACGACGAAGCUAUCCUCUGGGCCUUGUCUGCUUGUCGUACAGCUGAUCGCGCAUACGCAUAUAGUGCUGGGAGUGCUUGGAAAGACAGAGUUCAAGUUCAUCUUGAGGCAAGCAUGGAACAAGACAAUAAUAACAAGGCACGAUAG